AUGUUGACUCGGCAUGCGACCCAUGCUGUAACAACAUCGAACACGCAAUUGCUGGGUCACGCCCGCGGUAGGGACCGGGCCGCCGAAGGAGGCAACCUCACAAAUAGGACUCGCCUGCUUGGCGCGAAUCAGCCAGGAACAGGUGACGGCUGCAUAUUUCCCUACUUCAACUCAACAAAAUACGUUCCCGUGCCACCGCCAGCGCUGCUCUCCUGCUACCUCCGAAUAAGUGGGUGUCAAUCCCAAGCAACGCGUGAUCAAAUGCUGCGAAACGCUGCUGCUUCGAUGGAGUUUAAUCAGAAUGACUUGUCAAACCUAGCGGGAGUUUUUCAGUUAGAAGCUAGGGGUUUGGAUUCAGCGGUCAUUCAAUGUGCGGUGGAGGCAAAUGGGAACUCUAGACUUCAGAGCUGCCCACCUUCAAGAGCACCACGAACAACUUGUCUCCGAGAUAUGCGUACAUAUCACCGUUCACCACAUGGACUCAGAGUUGACAAAACAACGGCGGAUAUGAGUUCGCAUAGCAGCAAGAAGUCAUCGUUGCCGCAACGGAGGCCUUACACAGCCUCUGAGUUGGCCUCCGCCGUGAAUGCUAUCUGCUCCGGCCGGCUGGGCACUCGGCGGGCGGCCAGCAUGUACGGCAUCCCGCGAUCCACACUGCGCAACAAAAUCUGCAAGCUUAAUGAGAUCAGAAAACACGAGGAGACUAUGCGUGGAGGCAAACCGAUCUCGCUAUCCGAGUUUGUUCAACAGUUUACCUCUUCCGGGAAACUGUCGAACGACACCUCACACAGAAAAGAUGUUGGUUGGUACUCAUCAUCAGUCGCCUUGUCGUACAGAUUGGCGUCUGUGUUUAAGGUCAAUUGUCGAACCACACCGUCGGAGCGGUCGGAUGGUACAUCACUCCGUACCUUCUUCGAGGAAAACGAUGUCUGGAACAUGUAA